GUCGGACAGCCGCACAUGCUGGUUGAAGGGCAGAUACUUUUAAGACAAGCUGUCAGAUGGACCAAUUAUGUUUUCCAUACAACAGUCAUCGCCCAAUUAGACCCUCCAUUGGCUGGAAGGGCGGGGAUUCGUAGAGAACGUGAGAAUAGGAAGAGGAGGUCAAAUGCACUGCAAGAGUUUGAAAAACGUGAGGCUGUUUCAAGAAAAGACACAGUUGUCAUGUUCCACUCUGUGCCCCGUCGUCCGAUCUGCGAGAUCGGUGCACGUACAGCGAGGCUUCAUAGCUGCAGGUCAUUCACACGGACUGUCGAGGAUGGCAGGGGGAAGUUGGGGGGCGUCCCGUGGCUAAGCAGAAGCAUGGGCCUACUGUUAUCCUGGCUCAAGAGUGCAAGUGUCGAUACCAGUAAGGCCGUGGGAUCUGGCCAGAAGAGGAAGGGCUUGCUCUCCAUAUUCGCAGACCACUGCGGCUUUGUGACCGGACAGAGGCUCCGACGUACUUGCCAGAUUGGAGAGCUUUAUUCUAACCUGUACUCCGAGCGCACCAAGUGGACUGUGGUUGGGAACAUAUGGCGCAGGUUUCAGAGCAAACACGCCCCCACAGGGAAACUUAUAGCGGCACUGGCUGGUGUGUUCAUGUGGGAGAAUGAGAAGAUUCAAGAUGAGGAAAUUCGCAGGUGUGGCCUGGAGUUGCAGGCGCUACAGACAGUUAAACAUCUAACCACACCAUCAGCAACUGUAGCUGGGCAACAGGAUCAAAGUUGGGACGUUGUAAUGGAGAAGAAAGAUUUUAGAGUGUGGAGGCGGCCUAUUCCCAACAGUCACCUUUAUGAAUACAGAGUGUUGGGAACCUACAAUGACGUAACACCAAGGCAGUUCUUCAAUGUGCAGCUUGAUACAGAGUACAGAAAGAAAUGGGAUUCUCUGGUUAUCAAGCUUGAAGUGGUGGACCGUGAUGUUGGAACAGGCUCUGAAGUUGUGCACUGGGCUACUCAUUUCCCAUAUCCCAUGUACUCAAGAGACUACGUGUAUGUACGCCGCUACGAUGUUGAUGUCAACAACAACCUGAUGAUUCUGGUGUCCAGAGCUGUGCAGCAUCCCAGAGUUCCAGAGACUCAGGAAUUUGUGAGAGUCCAUGCGUAUCAGUCAAAAAUGGUCAUUCGCCCUCACAGGUCCUUCGAUGAGAAUGGAUUUGACUAUCUGCUGACUUAUAGCGACGACCCUCAGACUGUAUUUCCCCGGUACUGUGUCAGCUGGAUGGUGUCAAGUGGCAUGCCUGAUUUUCUAGAGAAGCUUCAUACUGCUGCUCUGAGGGCAAAGAACUUGGAGGUGGGAAUCCACGACUAUGCAGGUGUUAUCAAAUCCAGUGAUACAAACAGACAGCCGAGCCAGGAGCGUCUCAGUGGAGACAACGCACACACCGGUGGACCUGGGCAGAUAUAUGCUUGAUUUUUUUUUUUUUUUUUUUUAAA